ACAAAUGUCAAUUGUCAAUGUCAUAUAGUACUAUUAUGUUUUUGUUUUGUGUUCAUAGCUAGAAAAAUAUAUAUGGAUGAUAUUAUUAUUAAAGCAUAAAGAAAUAACCAUUUAAAAUGUCUCAACAGCUAAUAAAUGAAAAUAGCAAAUAUGUUUUAGACUUAUUUUCAGAGCAGACUAUCGACUCCCAAAGUCUAGAAUCAAUCUGUGCUCAGGUCCAGAAGAGAUUCCCAAAGUCUGAACAUUUUAAUUUGUGUCUUCUUUUCUCCACUCUCAUCGCCGGAGGUGAUCUGACAUUACCAGGUCAAAGAGUAGUGGCGCUGGCUCUCAUACAUGACUUCUAUAAAGGAGACAAUCCGUUCAGUUCAUUAUAUUUACAUCUUCUGGACGGCAAGCCGGGACUCAUUGCGUUGGCUCCGCAGGAAAGGCUGUUCAUAGGACAAUUACAUGGCUUUGUGCUCGGUAAUAUUAAAGAUGUUUUCAAGAAGACGGCGAAGCAGGUCAUGUUGACGGAGGUGUCCGCUAAGGAACUGGAGUUUGAUUACUCAUCUCUACAGGUGCUGAUGACGGAGCGCUCGUCGGACAUCAGUUCCAUUGCGAAGGCGACUGCACCAGCGUUAGUUCCGCUCGGUGAUGGGGCGCCUCCGAGCCGUAUGUCUAUGAAGGAGUUGUUGGAAGCGUUGAUGAGUAACGAGUAUCUGCCUCUGCACCGCACCCUGUCGCCGGCGGGGCCGGUCCCUCCCCCCGCCUUCAUCAUGGACCCCACUGAGAUCGCCUUUGCCGGGGAGGCAGUGUGGAAGAACCUCGUGAACCGGGGGGCGUAUAUUCCCAUGUACGACACCGACAUGGAAGGUUUAACAGGACUUCGCCCCGAAAAGCGUGUGACACCCACCACAGAAAGUGCACCCAAGGAGGAAACCAAAGAGAAGUCAGCAGAGAAAACAGAAGAAGUUACAGAAGAGAAGAAAACCGAAGAGAAUCCCGUCGAAGAAGCAAAGGAACUGACGGCCAUCGCCCUGAAGACGGCCUUGAGUGUUUCUCAACAACAGAGACUGUUGGCGCUACUGGACGACACGCCGGACAUCGUGUACGAAAUAGGAGUCACGCCCAACCAGCUGCCGGAUUUAGUGGAGAACAACCCCAUGGUGGCGAUAUCGGUGCUGCUGAAGCUGAUUCACUCCCAGCACAUCACGGACUACUUCUCCGUGCUCGUCAACAUGGAGAUGUCUCUGCAUUCAAUGGAAGUUGUCAACAGGUUAACGACCUCAGUGGAUCUCCCCGUGGAGUUCGUUCACCUCUACAUCAGUAACUGCAUCUCAACCUGUGAGACGAUCAGGGACCGCUACAUGCAGAACAGGCUGGUGCGACUGGUGUGCGUGUUCCUCCAAUCACUCAUAAGGAACAAGAUCAUUAAUGUUAAGGAACUAUUCAUAGAGGUGGAAGCAUUCUGCGUCGAGUUCAGCAGAAUACGAGAAGCAGCGGCGUUGUUCAGACUCCUCAAGCAAUUGGACUCUGGAGACGCUCACAAGGAUGGAAAGGAUUAGCAGAGGUAGGAGGGACGCGAGCCUGGACGGAGACCUGACCGAAUGUAGGCCUCGCAUUACCUGAAAGUUACGUGAAGACUCGAGAACACGUGUCGUUCGUGAUGGCCUCGAGGCUUGUGUUAAUAUUGCCACAAUGUGACUUAAAUAAAGACUAGUGUGAUAUCUAAGUAUGAACAUGAAUUUGCCACUACGAACUGCAUCUCAUUGGGAGUUAAUACAUUAUAACAAACUAAACAAUACCUCGGCAUAUAUUUAUAUAAACUAUGAGUAUAUAAUUCUGUCAUGUUGUCACUGAGUGUUGCCAGUUCAAGUUCGAUGAGCCUUGUAUAUUGUAAAUAAAUGUCAGUUCAUUAUUUUAAGUUUCACUUUUGUUUUAUGUAAAUUAGUUUAAUUACCACGUCACAUUUUGCAGCAUAUUAUUUCAAUGUUUUGGUUGUAUUGCAGAUUUUUUUCAAAGUCCCAAAUUUUUUUACUAAAUAAAGAUAUUCGUUCCAAAAUGUUCCCAGGAUAAUGAGUUUAUUCCCAUCUAUUUAGAUUGUGUUAAAAUUGUUUCAUUAACCGUAGGAUAAUGUGACAUGUACCUUAAGGGGUUAAUUUAUCAAGUUCCUUCAUAUAAAUAAUGUCUUAGUCCUUGAAAUAUUUCACUUUUUCCCCAAAACUAGUUUCUUUAAAGAAUACUUGAUCUUUGGUAAAGGUAACACUUGUGUUAUAUAUUUGUAGUAAAAGAGGGAAAUGUAAGUGGAUUUUGGGAUAUUGGAACUAUUUUUGUACUUUUACUUGUAUCACCUCAUUAUCAUCUCAACAUCAACUCCUGCUACAAUAAUAAUUGUAUAAAAAAAAAAUAUAUAUA